GUAAUUUCAGUUAACAAAAGUAUGGCGCAGAUUACAUACAGUAGUUGGCUUCAAGGAAUAAUAUUUCUUUCGUCUUUACAUUUUUUGUUAUGUGGACAUUUUUGCUACAGACAAAGACAAUACCAGUAUGGCACUGAGUCUUGUCCUGGGUGUUCAAAUACAAAAAGUUACAGAGGGAUCAAUUGCUGCGAUAAAUGGGAAGGGUAUACCUGUGAUAUUCCCAUCUGUAAUCCUCCCUGUAACGGUGGUGAAACCUGCUAUGGUCCUGAUACAUGUCGCUGUUCAAACAAAAUUGUAGGAGGAGUAUGUUCUGGUUAUGCGUGUUUUCCACCUUGUCAGCAUGGCGGGGAAUGUUAUGGACCAAAUAAAUGUUCUUGUCGACCAGGUUAUGCAGGCGAUUUCUGUGAUGUUAAUCCAUCUGAUAUUAUAUUUGUGGUAGACGAAUCAGGUAGUGUUGGAGAUGACAAUUUUCGUGUAACUAUGGAAUAUCUUGCCAAUGCUGUUAAUAGACUUCCUAUCAGAUAUGACUUACUACGUAUUGGAUUGGCUUUAUUCAGUGGCUCUAUUAGAAAAAGCUUUAAACUAGAUGAUCAUUUCUCAAAAGAACAUGUAACAGACGCUAUAUUGAAAACAUAUUUUGGAAGUGGCGGAACAGAUAUUGAUGGUGCUCUUGGCUACACUUGUAAAUAUAUGUUUCAACUGACGACAGGAGAUCGACACUAUGCCCAGAAUAUUUUGGUGUUGAUAACUGAUGGACGGUCAUCUAGUGCAUACAAACCUGGACUGUUAAUAUGUAAAAGCAAAAACGUAACGAUAAUUGGGAUAGGAAUCGGUUCCAACAUUGAUGUAAAUCAACUCAAGUCUUUGGUCUCCAAACCGGAAUAUUACUUUGAUACAACCUACGAUAACUUGGAUACAACUUUGCCAAAACUUAUAAAAACUAUAACAGAUUUUUGUCCACCUGGCUGCAAAAAUGGUGGAACUUGCAUAUCUCGAGGAAAAUGUCAAUGUCCAGGGGGAUAUGCAGGAUUACUUUGUGAAACUAAGGUGACAUGCAGUCCAGAAUGCACGAACAACGGAACAUGUUACCAAACAAACACAUGCCGAUGCCCUGCUGGUUAUGAAGGAGUUAUUUGUGAUAUUCCUAUCUGUAAUCCUGAAUGUAAGAACAAUGGAACUUGUUACGCAGCUGACAAAUGUUUAUGCGAAAAUGGGUACGAGGGAGGCUUGUGUGAAGUGAAUUUGUCGGAAAUGGCUCCUGUGUAUACUGAAACCCAUGUGAAUGUAAUAGCGGGACUGUCCAAGAACCUUUUCAUUGCAAUAGUUGCAAGUUUAUGUUUAGUAUUAUUUAUUGUUGUUGCUGUAUUCAUGUUUCUUUGGAGAACCGGAAGAUUACAACCUGCUAAACAAAGAGUUACUGCUGGCAUACGAACUAUUAGAAAUACCAUCAGAGUACGUGAAACAGCCAGUGGAAAUGUAAAUAUACUUUAUGGAAGAAACAGAGCCCAGAUGUCGAAUAACGAUGAUGAUAUAUAUUUUUACGGUGCAAUGGAAACACAAGGCCAAGAUACGUGGACGAUCUCAAGACAAGAUUUAUCUUUAGAAACAGAACUUGCACGUGGACGAUUCGCUAUAAUUUAUUUGGCUCAAUACUUUAACCACCUGGAAGUCAGAAAAGUUGUGGCAAAAACUUUAAAAGAUGACCAGAAUGAAGAUAACGUCAUAAAGAUGAAAGGAAAGAUAAAUUUUUAUGGGACAAAAAUUGGACAUCACAAAAAUAUCUUGGAUUUUAUUGGAUCUGUUAACGAUGAUAUUCGUGGUCCCAUCAUGAUUUUAGAAUAUUGUUCUAAAGGAGUUCUGAAGGAUUUUCUAGAAUCCGUCAGAUCAAACGUUACGGUGGAAUUAGAGGAAAGAUUGUUCCGAAUGACACUUGGUAUUUGUGAAGGAAUGGAUUAUUUAUCUUCUAAGCAGGUGGUACACAGGCGGUUAGCAGCACGAAAUGUGUUACUCAACGAUCAGUAUGUUCCAAAAAUCACAGGAUUCGGCCCUGAUCCGGAAGCAACUCAAACAGGAGACACUAAAAAAUCUGAGAGAAUUCCAAUUAAAUGGAUGGCUCCAGAAUGUAUGAAAACAACUAAAUAUGCAAAUGAGUUGAGUGACGUGUGGUCAUAUGGUAUUGUUAUGUGGGAAAUAUUUUCUCUUGGUGAAACACCAUACCCAGGUAUACCAAGCACAGACGUAUCUAGUGUGAUUAAACGUGGCACUAAAAUGAAGAAGCCAGAGCUAUGUGAUGACGCGUUUUACAAAAUCAUGCUGAAGUGUUGGCACUAUGAUCCACGUAAACGUUCAGGAUUUGAACAAAUCAAGCAAGAGUUGAGCAAGCUAUUUACAGAAGAAUCUGGUGACGACGACUACUACAUGUACUACAAAACAAACGAGGUGUGAUCAUUUUCGUCGUAUGGAUAAUUGUACAUCAAGUUCUUGAUAUCAAACUACAGAUUCCAUGAACAGACAAUUAAAACAGUUAUAUUUAGCAAUGUGUUUAUUUUAUUUUCAAAUUCAGCUUUUGUUUUCAGCUUUUAGAAUAAUUUGCAUUUUUACUUUUAUGAUGUAUUUGGAAAUCAAUUCUUUCAUUUCAUGAAACGUUCAUAUUAGUAUGAACCUUAAUAUUAUUAACCUCGUACAUGUAAAUUCUGGACAUGUUUUAUGAAAUUGUUGUUCUAGCCUUAGACUAUAGUAGUCUCAGUUCUAGCUGACUUUUGAAAAACCGUGGUUUAACCGGCAAUGGACAUUUGAGCGAUAGAAAAAGAACGGUUGAGCGCCAAAGUAUAGGACAUUUGAGCGAAAAUAAAAAUAAACAUAGGAUAUUUGAGCUAAAAAAAAUUAAUUCCGUUCGCCAGAUAUAAUCUGUUACCACUGCUCAUCACGGGGAGGUGCAAGUACGAUUUCAAGCAAGAUUUAGUUAAUAAAAUGAGGAGUUUAUAACGCAUAAAGUUUAAAACAUCUUUUAAUUAAAAAAAAAACAACAAAGCAGUGUCAUAUAACUUAAAACUCGUCAACGGCAUUAUUUACAAAUCAGUUCGGGUUUGAAAUGGGUAACAGAGUAAUUUCCUGCUGGCGGUACCACGAAUGCAAGUCCAGGAGAUUCUGUGCAUUAUCCUUGUCUGUUCGGCUAUAAGGUGCAUCAAUAUUAGAACUCCGAAUUUUGAUGUAAGUCUCAGAUUGCAAUUUGACAAUGGUGUCAAUAAAAGUAAAAAUGAUGGGUUACUAUGAUAAAAUUGCUCAUUAUAAUGGGAAUGAAAUGAUUCGGGUCCAUUGUUUGUAUAUUUUGACGUUUUAGAACUCCGGCCCAGAGAUACGGGGGAAGUAUCACAGGAAAUUUAGCUCAGACGCCCUAUUUGAAAAUCCAGGUUAAGUUAAUAUUCCGGCGCUUAAAUGUCCAAUGAUUUCAACGCUCAAAUGACCCUAUGUGCAUUUUUUUUUUAUUUUCGUUCAAAUGUCCUAUGCCCUGUUAAACUCUGUAGUAAGAUCUCUGAAUAUUUUUUUUAGUAGUACUAACAUUUAUUUUGUUUAAUAGAUUAUUCUUAAAUAUGUCACUGUUUUCACAAAAAAUGAUUAAAUCAAAUUUGUUUCGUUACUCAUUGAAAUUACACAAGGAACAAUAUCAGAGCAAACAUUUUAAUUCUAGAGUUAUUUAGUGGUGUACACAUGGUUCAUUCAACCUAUGCCAACAUUUUGAAAUUUAAAUAUAGAAUAAUUAUUGUCUGAAAAAAUGUUGACAUAGGUUGAAUAGUAUAUAUAUAUUGUGAAAACUGAAAAACAGAAGUGUUAUUAAAACAAAAAGUAAUUCGGGGCUUAUCAAAUUACAACCAAUUUAAAUUAAGUGUAACUAUUUUUGCUACAUGAAAUAGUGAAAAUGUGAGUAACUUUAUGUGUUGCUUCUCACUUUUGAUUUAGGAAUUUACAUGAUAAUUUAUUAUGUUAUAUUAAAACAAUGGAAAAUGAAAUUUAAUUUUAGCAAUGAAUAUUAUUUUUUUGUGUGAAAAUUAGCUAUUAAUUUUUGGGGGAAAAUAAUUUUGUAGCAAAAUUAAAAAUUUUGAGAAAAAACAUCUUGUCGUUAUAGGAUUUCAAUGAAAACAGGUAUAAUAUGCUACUGUAGAUUGAUUCCUGUUGUCGAAAUUUGAUUUAGACAAAAAUGAAUAACAGAAUUGUGGUAUCAAAUUAUUUCUUGUUCAAAGAUCACAAUUUUUUAGAUACAUCUUUUUGUGCUAGGUUUUCAAUGAAAAAGUAUUAACAUUACUGUUCAAAUUAAAGGCUUGUGUCAAUUUUUUAAACGAAACUUCGAACAUAUCCUUAAUUAUUUCCUUGUAUCAAAAUUUCUAUAAAAAAACUGUGUAUCUCUUCGUUUGUAUCGGUAUUGAUUAUUUGUUUCUGUGCCUGGCACAAAUACACCAGGGACCCUUCCUAACAUCGUCAGUGUUCUUCAGGUUGUUUUUUUUUUUGCAUAUUUGGUAUAGCAAGAUAGUUGGUAAGAUUUGUCUUAGAUGAAUUGAUUUAUAAAGAAAUUAACAAACACAAAGGAUUUUUUGCUUCAUUGGUUUUUUUUAAAAGACUUUUUGUAUGUAUAUAUUUUUUCCGUUUUUGUACGUGUGUAUAUUUUUUUGAUUUUGCUUUUUUUUAAAUUAUUUAUUUAUUUCAUAUUAACAACAACAACAUUUAGUAAGUAUUAAGUUUUCUAUAUUUUUUAGUUUUGUCUAAUUUUUAGCUCAACUGAACCUAAGGAUCAAAUGAGCUUUUCUCACUACUUGGCGUCUGUUGUCUGUCGUCGUCCAAUAUUUUGUUACAAAAAUCGUAUCCUCUGUUACUGGGCCAAUUGGAACCAAACUUAAGCAUAAUCAUCUUUGGUACAUUUAGUUUAAAAAUUGUGUCAGAUGACCCCGCUUCCCAAUCAACAUGGCCAACAUGGCUAAAAAUAGAAUAUAGGGGUAAAAUGCAAGAUUUGUCUAUUAUCUUGCAAACUGCUUUAGAUAGUAAAAAUCGGAUAGAGCAUGAAUUAUCAAAAUGUUGAGAUCUACCUUCUGUGUAUAUAUAUCUUAACUGUCAGACGACUUCACAUAGGAAUUAUUGCCCUAAAAUGAUUAAUUUUACCAAUUUUUUUUCUUUCAUUUUUGCCUCUUUUUUUUUUAAACUUAUAAUAAUUAUAAUAAAAGUAGAGAAACUUUAAAAUUCAAAAAUAAUCCAGAAGACAAGAUCUACAAAUAAGUCAACAUCAUCAGUCAACUUCUUAUAGGAGUUAUUGCCUUUAAAGAACGAUUUUUCAUCAUUUUUGCGGUUUUGUCCAUUAUCUUGAAAAUUAUGAUAGAUAGAAUGACACUUGUAAUAGCAAAAAUUAUCAACAAGACAAGAACUACAAAUAAGUCAAAAAUGCUGAAAUGGUUGGUCGACACUUUAUAGCAGUUGUUGACCUUAAAUAACAAUUUUUACCAAUUCAUUUUGCAUUUUUGCCCUUUAUUUGAAAGCUAUUAUAAAGAUAAAUAGAAAUCUAAAUAGCAAAAAUAAUCAGCAAGACAGGAUCUACAAAUAAGUCAACAUGGCCCAUAUCGUCAGUCAACUCCUUAUAAGAGUUAUUGCCCUUAAUUAUGAUUUUUAACUUGUUUUUGCAUAUUAGUUUGAAAACUACAAUAACAGACAUAUAGAAACUUUAAAAAGCAAAAAUGAUCUGCAGGACAACAUUUUUAAAUACGUUAAAAUGAUUAAAUUGUAAGUUAACUCUUUAUGACAUUAUUGCACCUUAAUGAUGAUUUUUACCAAAAAGUGGUCAUUGUUGAAGAUGCAGGUGAGCGACACAGGCUCUAGUUUAAUUUCUUAUUUACUGCAACACAGUUUUGCAAGUAUUAAGUCGUCAAUUGUGUUGGUUUUUUUCUAAUUUUUAAAGUAGUUUGUAGCAGUUUUUGUCAGGAUCCGUUAUCUGUAAUAAAUUGUUACUUUUUAUAACAAUAUAUAUUGUACAUAGGCUGGAUAUAUAUUUUCGAAUGUUGCGUAGUUACGUAGUGCCGCUGAUGGGACACUCUAGCUUCUAAAGCUGUUAUAAUUUUAUAUUGACCACGUUCAAUCGCUGGCGUACUGUAAGUUAUUCUUGUUUUGACAUUUUUUUCCAUAAUAUUUGUAUCUAUGUUCAAUCAGAAAAAAUACUUUUAAAUUCGUACUUAUUUUUUUUUCAAUUUAAUUAUCAUCUGCGUUAAAAUGAGCAAUUCUUUCAAAAUUUGUUGUAUUUUUCAAUUAGAUUUUUUGUUGAGGAUGUUCGCUCCUCUUGUUUUUGAAUUUUUGCCAGAUAUUCGGAAUCCUCUGGUUUUAUCCAUGUAGUGUCAUUAAAAAAUUUUCCCCGCUAACCCUUACUUUUCUUUUUAUAAUCUUAUUACUAAUAAUUUAAAAAGCCAUAUUUGAAAAUCCUAUAAAAUCCUUGUUAUUUUUUCAUAAUUUUUGAAAGAAAAAGGGUGCAAAUGUUAAAUGUAAGAAAAGUCUAGAGAGAAUUAUUUCCCGCCAAAAUUUCAAUGGCUUAUAUCUCUAAAACAAGCACACGGACCCUACAUUUUUUCUGCUUUUUCAGUUCCUUUAUUUAUAUACUAUCAAUUUAUAACAGUCUUUAAAAAAGCUUGUUAUUUUGAAACAGAGUAGCGAACAUCCUUAAAGUAGAACAAUUAAUGUUCAACAUCAUAUAAUAAUAACUCCUUUGAGUUUUAAAUAUGAAGCCAAAUUCCUGUACAGAGAACUUCAGAGCUUGUAUACAAACAGGCCCUGGCUUCAUUUCCAGUUUAGGCAAUACAGUUUUAUUUACUGCCUUUGAAAAAAGUCAAUUUUGAAAGUAGAUUUUUUUUGGGCCAAUUUGAUUUAAAGUUUUACAGAUUUCAUUGACAAAUACUUUGCUUCAAGUGUUUUGUCUUUCUUCACCAAAUUAAGUGACCAUAUCUCACUACAAUAAAGCAUAAUUGGAGCAACAUAAGAAUUAUAAAAUUUCUUAAAGGUAAGACAAAACUUGGACAUAUGUCAACAUUUUAAACCCGAGGCGAAGAUGAAAUAUAGUAAAAAACAUCAAACUACAACAUUUUCUUUAUACAGAAUGAUGCCUUAACACUUCUCUACACAAGACAUUUGCAGUACUGGGGAAAGUUCCAGAUGAUUAAAAUGUUAUUUCUAUCAUUUCUAUUGUAUUAUUAUGUACAUUGUUCAACUUAUUCAUUAUAUAAAAAUAAACUUAUAUUUUCCGCUU